AUCUUGCGAUGGGUUCACGAAGUAGUUAGCAGUUCCGCCCCUGUUGCAGUCCCGCCAGUUUCAGUGAUCUCUUUGUGACGAGCGAGCAAAGGUUUCCGUGUCAAAACGUCAUGACGCGACGACGACGACGCAUCAACAGCUUCGUCGCGUCUCCGAAGUGACAGCUGAUAGCUCUCUCUUGUUUCUCCGCAUAUCCGUGGUCCUCCCGCGCAAAUAACGCGGAACUGAGAAUAUCCGAUGACAAUCCUCGAUUGUGAAAGCGGAUCGAGGCAGUGAUUUUUCACUGCGUCGCUUAAAUGGCUUUGCGUAUUAUGUCAGCAAUAGUACCGAAUACACAUAAUAUAAUAGAUCAUGCAAUCGAGAAGGAAAAGUUACUGGAGAACCUGCUAGUGUCCGCUAAAGAAUGUCAUAUCAGGUUUGGCGGACGCGCGGAAUUAGCUACAGAAUCGGAAGCAUGCGUAGCAAAACUCUGCCAUAUAUUUGAAUUAAUUUUUAGUCAUGGAUUAAAGACGAAUUAUAUAGAAAAAAUCAACUCAGCUUUCAGGCAUGUGUCUGACUUAGUCUCUGGUGGUAAUGUGAAACCUAGCAAUAUAAUAGAUAUAGCAUUCUGGCCAUGCAUAAAAGAACAACUCACUUGGCAUGAACAGGAACGUUUUGGUAUAUUGAGAAAGGUGCAUACAGAUUACGGUCGAGGCAGAGCGUGGCUGAGGGCUGUCUUGAAUGAAAAAUCUCUGGAGCGACAUUUACAUGCUAUCAUAAAUCCUGACACAUUGUCUCCCUUCUUUGAGGAAUGGGCCUUUUUACUCGAUCAGGAGAAGAGCUCUGUAUUACCUAAUGUAGCUGCAGGUCUUGGAACAAUUUUAUUUGCAAUAAGAGUAGAUAAUGAGGAACUUGAUGACUUGAAAGGAAAAGAUAUGGAUAGAAACAGAGGUGCACAAUCAGAACCAGUUAUUUCUACAUUAAUUCCAGACCCUCUUGCAUCUGAACAGGAAAAGCGAAAAAAGAAAGUGCCAACACGCAUAAUUUCUUUCGAUGAUGACAAUGAGGAAGACGUACACAGGGAAAAAACUACAACUUCUAUAAGCGCACCACCGACAUGUCGCAAUUCGCCUACGGCAGUAUCGACUAAAGAUUCUACUUCGCCUUGUUUAUCAGAUUCUCAACCUCAAGUUGAUUCCAACAAUAGUACAGUUAAUACAAAACUUCUGGAAUGGGAACAAUGUGAAUCUUUUGAAGAAGAAAAGCUAUUAACUCCUAUAAUGGAUGCUGGAAAUAUGGGUGGCCUUGUACCUGUACCAUCACUUGAUCAAACAUUGGAUGAUAUGAUAGCUGCUUUGCCAAAUUAUUUAAACGAUUCAUCAGAAGUGACAGAACCUGCAGUAGAGGCAACAGAACCAUUAGUUGGUUUAGAUUUGCAUAUAGAUCCAGAGAAUCUAGACAUAGAUACAUUACGUGUAAGGCUUUUAGCUAUGACAGAAGUGCUGGAACAAGCUAGAGAAGAUGCUAUAACAAGCAGAUUACAAUUAGCUCGCUUCCAGAGGCAACAUCAACAUUAUUUAGAAAGGCAUGAAUUGCAAUUGCAAACAUUAAAUAGAGAAAACGAACUCUUACGACAACAGUUGCGUAAAUAUGUUACUGCCGUUCAAAUGUUAAGAAGAGAUUCCAAUUCCACGACGAUAUCCGAGGAAGAUCCGUCGUUGGAUUAUCACAAUGAGGCGCGACAGUACGAAGAGAAGUUGAUACAGGUCGCAGAUAUGCAUGCCGAAUUAAUGGAAUUUAAUGCUAGAUUGACAAUGCAAUUAACAAACAAGGACAGAUUAGUGAAGAUAUUGCAAACAGAAUUGGAGUGUCUCCGAGGACCGUUGAAUGAGGACGAUUUACCUGCGGAACCACCGUGUCUUAUUCAUAUAUGGAUUCCAUCCGCGUUUCUCACAGGACAACCAUCUGACAUACAUCAUGUUUAUCAAAUUUAUGCCCGCAUAAGAGACGUAGAGUGGAACAUUUACAGGCGAUAUGCUCAAUUUUAUGCGCUUUAUAGAGAACUAAAAAAACAUGACGCUAUUGUUACAACUUUCGAAUUUCCGCCAAAAAAAACAAUAGGAAAUAAGGAUGCAAAAUUUGUGGAAGAGCGACGACAAAAACUGCAACAAUGGUUACGACGCGUCGUUGGACGAGUAGCGCAGUGCUCUCCAGCAUUUGCGUGUAGGCCGAGCAGACAGACGCUCGUGUCUUUGAUGCCUUUCUUUGGUGAUAGUCCUAAUGCUGAGGAAUCGAGGAAGAAUAAUUCUGCAAGAAGUACUUUUUCUUCCUCCCCUCAAUAUAUGGGUUUAUAAUUAUGGCAAUUUUUAUAGACAAUUUGUACAUACAUGAAAAAGAAAAAUUUUAAUUUAAUUAUAUAAGACAAAAGUAUCUUGUUAUACACAAUAUAAUACCGACAAUUAAGAAGAUGAACAUAUGAUUACAAAUAUUUAUGUAAAUAUGAACAUAUCUAUACACAUGCAACUUAUAUCAUAUCGGCAUGUGUAUGAAGUUAACAUGUAGCAAAGACGAUUAAAAAACUGGUCUUUUCUAUGAAA